AUGGUUGGCUUGCCUGCUCGCGGAAAGAGUUACAUCACAAAGAAGCUUGCACGCUACAUGAACUGGCUACAGCAUGAUACACGCAUUUUCAACGUAGGAGAAAGACGUCGUGUGUCGACUCCUGAGAUGCCUGACGCUGAAUCAAUGGACCAAUCUGCCAGCUUCUUCGACCCUUCAAAUAAGAGAGCCGCCUUGAUCCGUGAACAAUGCGCCAUGGAUACACUAGACGAACUUCUUGACUACAUUCUCGAGGGCAAUGGAUCCGUUGGUAUUCUUGACGCGACGAACAGCACCCUCGAGCGCAGAAAAGUUAUCAUGAAGAAGAUUCGUGAAAGAGCUGGUGCUGAGCUGAACGUUUUGUUCCUCGAAAGUCGCUGCGUUGACGAAAACUUGCUCGAGUCCAACAUGCGCUUGAAGCUUUCAGGUCCCGACUACAAGGACCAAGAUCCCGUCACUGCUCUUGAGGAUUUCAAGAAGCGUGUCGCUAUCUACGAAAAGGCCUACGUGCCGCUCGGCGAGUACGAGGAGAAGAACAAUAUGCCCUACAUUCAGAUGAUCGAUGUUGGUCGCAAGGUCAUCUCGCAUCAGAUUCGUGGUUUCCUCUCUGCACAAGCCAACUACUAUCUCCUCAACUUCAACCUUGCGCCACGUAUGAUUUGGAUCACACGUCACGGUCUAUCCAUGGACAAUGUCUCUGGCAAAAUUGGUGGUGACUCGGACCUCAGUGAUGAGGGCACUCAGUACGCCAAAACUCUUACCAAAUUUAUUGAGCACGCACGCAGAGAGUGGGACAUGAAGCAGCUCCACAAGCUCACUCACUCUCACUUCCCUCCCCAGCCUGGUGACACCACUCCUCCCAACCCUCACUACCAACCCAACGAUAACAACGAGCUUCCUCAAAAGUCUUUCUGUGUUUGGACUUCUAUGCUCAAGCGUAGCAUCCAGACGGCACAGUUCUUCGACGACGAGGAGUACGACUCGAAACAGAUGCGCAUGUUGGAUGAGCUCAAUGCCGGUAUUAUGGAAGGUCUCACCUACUCGUCCAUCGCCGAAGCUCACCCUGCCGAGUAUGCUCUUCGCAAGAAGGACAAGCUGCACUACCGCUACCCCGGCCCUGGUGGUGAGGGCUACCUCGACAUCAUCAAUCGCCUGCGUCCUGUGAUCGUCGAGCUCGAGCGCAUGGAAGAUCACUGCUUGCUUGUCGGACACCGCAGUGUCGCUCGUGUUCUGCUGGCAUACUUCCGCGGCUUGAAGAGGGAAGAGGUUGCCGAUUUGGAUGUGCCCAUCGGUAUGCUAUACUGCCUCGAGCCCAAGCCCUAUGGCGUGGACUUCAAAGCGUACAAGUGGGACAAGAAGACCGAAUGGUUCUACGAGCAGCCCAACUUCCAACUCAAGCGCGCAGAGGACGAUAUGCAAUGA